UCUCCAAUCCCGAAAUCGAGGCAGGCAGAGAAACCUGGCAGCGGCGCAAGGCCAGCCAACCAGCACAAAAAUGGUGGCGCCGUACAUCGAAUUUUGAACAGCAGAAUGCCACAUUUUCGUUGAAAUAUCGUUAUUAUUUCACCGAGAAUAUUAUGGAUCUGAAACAGUCGAUAUCAACCGCGAUGCAGGCGAUAAUAAACAAAUCAAAGGUGACACUUAAGGGAGAAUAUCAGCUCGUAGUUCCCGAUCUUUCGGAAUUGUCCGAAGAAGAGGCGCAUUUUUACAAUCUAAUGUUCGGCGAUGACGUCGCCUCUGUACGUCAUCGAAAGCUUCACUGUACAGCGUGCGACAUUCACAUUGGAUCUGCACCCGCAAGUGCUUGUAACAUGUACGCACAUCCUGUGCUCCGUACUCUACUCUGCGCCGCCUGCCGUGACUUUUAUGGAGAUGGAAAGUUUGAACAAGGGGAAGAUGCAACGGAUAUGUUCUGUCGAUGGUGUGCCAAUGGCGGCAAUCUGUACUGCUGCUCGUACUGCAGCAACACAAUCUGCAAUAAGUGUAUCAAGCGAAACUUUGAUCCACUUAUGCGAAUCAAGAUAGAGGGAGAAGAAAAGUGGAAAUGCUUUGUUUGCGACCCGACGGAUGUUUACACCCUGAGGGCUGUAUGCUGGGCUUUAUUACACCACAUUCAAACCGUAACGAGAAUACUGCGAAAUGACAAAGUAAUGAGCGAGGAUGAAUUGAUGGAGAAGAUGUUGUUGGAUGAGGCAAAAUGCUGCAUGCGCAAACGCAAAGGUAAACGUCGCAGAAUGACAAGCGAUUUGGAAGAGGAUGACGAAACGUUCUAUCCUGAACUGGAGGAAAUAUCUUUGUCGCUCAGACGGAGAAUGCACAGAAAGUCGCCUCGCUUUUCGUCGAUUACAAACGGCAAGCAAGUCAGGCAGACGAUCAAUACUCAAAGUCCGGUAAAAAAUCCAAGUGAAACUGUCGAUUUUGACGAUGAUGACGUACCGCUACCCAUGAUACCCUGCGUUCAAUCCAUGGUUGAAGGCGACAGCAGCAGUGAAACGCUCAUCGAUACCCUGAAUCCAGAUCCCACUAUACCAGAGCUACCAUCGACUGGUCACUGUCCCGCACCGCCACUUCAAAUUAAUCCUAUACCGACGGCCAAUUUGCUCAAGCCAACGUUACCCCCGCUUUCGCCCAUAAGAAAUAGCUACGUCAAUCGUAAACGUCCGAGAACCUUACAGCCAAUUUUACCCGAACCUAACUCUAGAAUUAAAAUGCUUAUGGUUGGAAACUCAAUCACGUCAUGCCCGCCUACAAGUGUUCAUACCAUUGAAUACAGUUCGCUGCCGCUCAGAGCUCCGCCUAUUCAGCCACAAGUUCCUAUGGUCACGAUACCGACGACAUCGAAGAAUUAUAAACCGCCAAUGCCACGUAUUUUAGGAAAAAAAUCAGACUCCAUCACGUCUAGACUUUCGAAUAAUGAGAACGAUGGGGACAACAAAGCUGAAACAGUUAUUGAAAUCGACAGCGAUUCAGAUGACUCUACAAUCGGGCAAGGAAAUGGUAACGACAUUCCGACAAGACAAAAUCGUGAACUUCUCAAAGACAAGCUUAUUCGGAAGAUUAACAACAAAGUUGAAGCAGAGAUGGAUCUUUGUACCGAACAAGUGAAAGCUUUAUUCAAAAUGAUUAGUUGGGAAUUGAAGAAAGUACCGUUGUCAGGUCUAUCGGAAUCUAAUAAGCUGAGGGCUAUGCGUAUUAAAACGAGACGAUUUCAUCACGCAAUUUCCAAAGCUAUUACCGUACUAUCCAAUAUAAAUGAUCAGGUCAUAAACAAGUAUGAUAAUUGGAGAAAAACAACGCUCGAGCAAACUAAACAGCCCAGCUGCGAAAACGUUAAGGGAAAAGAAAAUGAAGCUAAAAAACAUGUCACAAUACCACUGGAUAUGAUCUGUACAAAUUCGGAAUCAGAAUCAGAUGACGUCGAUGAAUAUGAGUCUGAUGAUAUGCAUAUACCGGAGAAAAUAAAGUGUAUUAAAUCAUUCCAAGAAAGAGACACAAUUGAUGUGGCGAUUGGUGAUCCGGUUAAAACGGCGGACAAAUCUGUUCAAGCGUUUGACAUCGUUGAAAGAGAUUAUGAGAAAUGCAUAGGACAUUCUGUGCUUACCAAAGUCGAGUAUGAUCCGGUGGAUGGGUCUGAAAUAUUAAAGCCAGUCGUUGUACCCGCCGAGUAUGACGGUAAAUUUGAGGAACAAUUUAUAUUCUAUUUGCAGCAUAGGGAAGAUAACGAGAUUUUAACGGAGGACGAUAAAGGUUUACCGGACCCGAACGAAACGCCAUUAAAAGAUUUAAUAGAAGCCAAUUCACCGUUCGUUCUAGAAAUGCUAGAGAGCAUAGAUUCUCCGUUACAAAAUGGCGUGAAUAACGGCGAAAGUAAAACCGGUGCCUCUGAGACGAGCGAUGAAUCCGGAAAAGAAAACAAAGAACAGGGCAAGUCAACUCAUUUGAUCAAAGAAUUGGCAAAGCUUGUUACAGAAUUGUCUGAGGAUUUAAAAACUAGUAGAAAUAAUGAUACUUUAGCCAAGAAACAUUCGGAGCAUGGUAAAAAGGACAGGCGAAAACAGAGUUUUAGUCGGAUCGAUAAUGAGAAAGAAAUAGAUAUUGCUGUACAGGCUCUAAUCGAAGAAGACGAACGAAGUGGGAGUAGCAGUAAUGACGACGAGGUUGUUUCGCGCCACGUAAGACAACUUAAAACAUCGACUAUUGUUGCCAGUGAAGACGAGUGUACCAUCAUUGACUAGAAAUUUUUUGUUUUCUCAAUCAUUGUCACAGAUUAACGCAGAGAGC